UUUCUUGAUGUUAAGCCCGCGGAACUGGUCGUAUAAUUAUUGUGCGACGCCGACAAUACAAUGUUCGAGUUAAUUUUAAUAAGCGUGCUCUUAGCUUUAAUGUCUUUAAGUGUUUACCAAAAAAUUAACAACGCUGUAUGUAAAUCUAAAAGGAGACUCGAUGGCAAAACUGUCCUUGUCACUGGAGGUACGUCCGGACUCGGUUUGAUAAUAGCACAGGACUUCGCAACACGAGGUGCAAGGGUCAUCGUUGCUUGCCCUUUUGAAGAAGAAGGAUUAAAUGGCAGGAAAGAAAUCAUCGAGAAGUCGGGAAAUCAAAACGUCGUAUACAAAUACGUGGACUUUUCAUCCCUGAACACAGUAAGGGAAUUCGCUAAAGAUAUCCUGAAUACAGAGACUAGAUUGGACAUUUUGGUGAACAACGCCGGCGUCGGUAUUCCCGGUGAUUUUAUGACAAAGGACGGCAUGAAUUUUAUACUGCAGGUGAAUUACUAUGCACAUUUCCUGUUGACAAUUCUUCUCCUCCCAUUACUGAGGCGAACUGGCACAGCAAAUGACCCCGCAAGGAUAAUAAAUAUGUCCUCGAUUACCCAUAGAAUUGCAAGUUCAAAUGUCGACAAUUAUAAUAGAGCUGGUUACUGGAUGAAGCUUAGAAUUUAUGCAAACAGUAAGCUGUGUUUAAUUCUUUUUGCACGUGAGUUAGCACGACGUUUGGCUGGUAAACAUGUAGUAGUUAAUUGUGCUGACCCGGGGUUCGCUGCGACUAGGAUUUACAGAAGCGGGCACGAAUUACUUGGUUUUAUUGCAAUUGGUUUGAUUCUUCUUUUCGCUAAGACUCCAUUUGAGGGUGCUCAAACUGCUAUAUAUUUGGGAGUGGAUGACGCAGGUACAGUAAAUGGUGAAUAUUUUGCUAACUGCAAACAAAUUAAGGCUAAUAGUAUGGCGUAUAACGAAAAAAGUGUUAAGAAAUUAUGGGAUCAAUCGAUGAAGCUUGUACAACUAAAUGAUAACGAUUUAGAUGACCUAAUCGAAGCUUAAUUGACUUCUGUAUGUAUUACCCAUAAUAAAUUAAAUGUCUAUGUAAUUUUAUAAAAAUAUAUUUAAGUUAUUAAUUCUGCAUAUUCUUAUUAAUGGUUUUGCAAUCAGAACGUGAAUGUGCGUGUACCUUUAUAAAGACAAGGUCCCCGAUGUGUGUCAAGAUGGUGUAGGUCAUUUUUAUGUAAGUAAUCAUGAUAAUAAUUUAAAUGUUAUAGUUAACGUUAAUAAGCAGCCUCUUUGCGGAAACAUUAGUACUUAUCACUCAUAUAAUAUAUUAGUGUCACAUGUAUGCUUGUUAUAGUAUAAUCCGUAACAGACUCCUGUAAACUCGAAUUAGAUCUACUUUUAACGAACAGAUUUAAGUAGUUAUGACACACCGGGUGCCAAUAGAAUAAUAUCAUGAGAUAAAAUCAUUAUUCUUAAUGAUAAAAAAUAAAGCAAAAUUAUCAAGAGUCAAGAAUGUUAAUUAAUUACCUAGAUUAUACACAAAAAAUUGCUUACAAGGUUGGUUUAAAAUUGUACAGGAUAAAAAUAGAAAUAUCAUAGUACUUAGGUAUCACGUUAAUACGGCAAUUUAUUUAAGUAUAGUUUUCCUUAUUUUCAUGCAAAUUUAUCAGAUUGUCACUUUAUUGUCUCUAUGUGCAUCUAAAAUAAUAAUAAACUAGUUUUACAAGUCAAA